AUGCUGACUCUGCGCACUCGUGAAAUGCGUGAGAGAGACGAGAAGCAGCGCCAGUAUAGUUAUAAGUACACAUUAAUUCGUAUUCGACUUCCGGACAGAUAUGUUCUUCAGGGUACUUUUGGUUGUUAUGAACCAUUAUCUGUGGUUCGUGAGUACAUUACCAAAUACCUAUCGAACCAAGCGGCAUUGUUCUCGUUGUAUAAUCCUGUGAAGGGAAGCGAACCACUAGCUGAUGAAACCAAGAGCUUAGCAGCACUGGGAUUGGCUCCCGCAGUUGUACUGCAUCUGGAUUGGGAUGAGCCUAUCGAUGGUCCGAGCUUAUCGCAGGAGUUCAUCGACGUUGCGGUACCCCUUUGUGCAAGCUAG